AUGGCAGGACCUGGAGGCUGGAGAGACAAGGAGGUCACUGAUCUGGGGCACUUGCCGGAUCCAACUGGAAUAUUCUCGCUGGACAAAACCAUUGGCCUUGGGACUUAUGGCAGAAUCUAUUUGGGACUUCAUGAGAAGACUGGUGUAUUUACAGCUGUUAAAGUGAUGAACGCUCGUAAGACUCCUCUACCUGAAAUAGGAAAGCGAGUGAGAGUGAAUAAAUACCAGAAGUCUGUUGGGUGGAGAUACAGCGAUGAAGAAGAGGACCUCAGGACUGAGCUCAACCUCCUGAGGAAGUACUCUUUUCACAAAAACAUUGUGUCCUUCUAUGGUGCGUUUUUCAAGCUGAGUCCACCUGGCCAGAGACAUCAACUUUGGAUGGUGAUGGAGUUCUGUGCAGCAGGCUCAGUCACUGAUGUAGUGAGGAUGACCAGAAAUCAGAGUUUAAAAGAAGAUUGGAUUGCUUAUAUCUGCCGAGAAAUCCUUCAGGGACUAGCUCACCUUCAUGCUCACCGAGUCAUCCACCGGGACAUCAAAGGUCAGAAUGUGCUCCUGACUCAUACUGCUGAAGUAAAACUGGUGGAUUUUGGAGUGAGUGCCCAGGUGAGCAGAACCAAUGGAAGAAGAAACAGCUUCAUUGGGACACCAUACUGGAUGGCACCCGAAGUGAUUAACUGUGACGAGGACCCAAGACGCUCCUAUGAUUACCGAAGUGAUGUGUGGUCUGUGGGAAUCACUGCAAUUGAAAUGGCUGAAGGGGCUCCUCCUCUGUGUAACCUUCAGCCCUUGGAAGCUCUUUUUGUCAUUUUGCGGGAAAAUGCUCCUACAGUCAAAUCCAGUGGAUGGUCUCGCAAGUUCCACAAUUUCAUGGAAAAAUGCAUGAUAAAAAACUUCCUCUUUCGUCCUACUUCUGCAAACAUGCUUGAGCACCCAUUUGUUCAGAAUAUCAAAAAUGAACGACACGUUGUUGAGUCGUUAACGAAGCAUCUUACAGGAAUCAUUAAAAAAAGACAGAAAAAAGAAAAUGCCCACUUAAAAGAAAAACUUACUGUGAAUGGCUCCAUUCCACUGGACAUACUAAUUCUGUCAUCAUUAUUCAUAUGUCUCAGGGGAUCUUCCUGCACUCAUGAGCUUCUGAGAUUGCCAACCAGCAGCAGAUGCAGGCCCCUCCGUAUCCUACGUGGAGAACCCUCUCAGCCCAGAUGGCUGCCUGAUGAUGAGCCACAGAUGCAAGCACUUCAGCAGCUGCAGGGGGAAGCCAGGGGAGAAUUGCCACCACAGGCUGAGGACAACAUCCCAAGGCCUCUACAGAAGCCAGCCAAGGCACCUAAGCGCCUACAUGUGGCAGCUCAGGUGUUCAUGCCAUUACAUGCUCAGGGUAAGCUGAAGGCAGCUAGGCCUCUACAGAUGCACAUCAUGGCACCCCCACGACUGCAGCGGGCAGCUCGGGUGCUCAUGCCACUUCCACCUCACGCUAAGAUGCCUAGGCGUCUACCAAUACAGGCUCCAUUGCCCAAAAAAGAGCAGAAAGCUCCAGAGCAGGCCCAGCUAUCAAAAGAGCCAAAGGAUCUAGACCAGGUGCCAGAGGAAUUUCAGGGGCAAGAACAAGUCCCUGAGCAACAGCAGGGACAAGGCCAGGCUGCUGAACAACAGCAGAUGCAGAACCAGCCAGAUGAGCAGCUGCAGCAGAACCAGGCUCCAGAACAGGCAGAGAUACAGGAAGAGGCAGCAGAGCCCGUGCAGGCAGAGCCCGAGGCAGAGGAAGCUGAAUUGAUCCGAGUGCAUGCCCAAGUGGUUCUGCCCCUACUCUCGCAGAACCACCAUGUGCUGCUGCCCCUGCAUUUAGAUACUCAGCUGCUCAUCCCAGUGCAGAAGCAGGAAGAAGAGGCAUCUCAGGCACAGGCCUGGGCACUCGAGACCCCGCAAGCUGUUGGCUCCAUCCAGGCGCUGAUAGAAGGGUUGUCGAGAGACUUGCUCCAAGCACUCAACUCGUACAACUCCAAGCCACUUGGGCCACUGCAGAUCCUAAUGGAAAACCUGUCGACAAACGUAUUCUACUCUCAGCCAGAACAGGCACGCAAGAAAAAAUCCAGGGUGUCUAGUCUAAGGCAGGCACUGGCAAAAAGACUGUCACCAAAGAGGUUCAGGGCUAAGGCAUCCAGGAAACCUGAAGAGUUCGAGCUCUCGGAUUUAGAAACCCGCAGACGAAGGCGCCAACGCAGAUGGGAGGACAUCUUCAAUCAGCACGAGGAAGAACUGAGACAAGUUGAAAAUGACAAAGAAGAUGAAUCAUCAGACAAUGAUGAAGUAUUUCAUUCAAUUCAGGCUGAAGUUCAAGUAGAACCAUUACAGCCAGAUGUUCCAGAUCCUAGAGAUAAUGAGGUCCAAGAGAGACCUGUGGCUGGGCCUUGCCACCAGGAUCGUGCACACCGUGUCAAGUUCUCUUCCAGUGUGCUUCAGCUGUCUCUUGAGGAAGAAGCUCGGAAGCAAGUUGAAAUCAGAGGAAGGAGUGCACAAAACCCUCAUAAUCGCCAAGCAGCAGCAUCAGAAUCUUCUUCUGAGGAAGAUAGUCCUGUGACCGGGAGGAGAUCCCAGUCAUCCCCACCUUAUUCUACCAUUGAUCAAAAGUUGCUGAUUGAUGUUCAUGUUCCGGAUGGAUUUAAAGUAGGAAAAAUCUCACCUCCUGUGUACUUGACAAAUGAAUGGGUGGGCUACAAUGCACUCUCUGAAAUCUUCCGGAAUGAUUGGUUAAUCCCUGCACCUGCCGUCCAGCCACCUGAAGAGGAUGGUGAUUAUGUUGAACUCUAUGACGCUGCUGCUGGUGCAGAUGGUGAUUAUGAUGCUUAUGAAGAUUCCUAUGGCCAUGCCAGUGGCAGAGAUAGUGAUCAGGAUAAUGAUGCUCAUGUUUGGCCAAGGGAAGGCUAUGGCAGAGAUGGAUACAAUGAAGAAGAUGGUUAUGAUGGAAAUGAAGGAGCCGUCCGUGGCUGUGGAACCCGUAGAGCCAAUAGAAGCCGUGGAGCAAGUGCAUUCUGUGAGGGGUUCGAUGGCGAAAAUGAGGCUGCCUGUGCCAUUGCCUCGGGUGCUGCGCUCUCAGAGCUUGAUGAUGAGGAUGAGAAUAAGGACAUAUCAGAAUCAUCGACACUGUCCGGAUUUUCUGCCAGCCCUUCAUCUGCUUCAAGAGGUUCUGAAGGAUCUGUUGAUACUGAUUUUGCCAGUUCCAUUUUGUAUGCUGGCUUUGUAGAAGUUCCGGAGGAACCACCUAAGCGACCCUCUGAAGUCAAUGUCAACCCACGCUAUGUCUCCUCUGCAAGUAAAAAACCACUAAUCCAUGUGUAUGAGAAGGAAUUCACCUCUGAGAUCUGCUGUGGUUCUCUGUGGGGAGUCAAUUUGCUGCUGGGAACCAGAUCCAGUCUGUAUCUGAUGGACAGGAGUGGAAAAGCAGAGAUAAUGAAACUUAUAAAGCGAAGACCUUUCCGCCAGAUUCAAGUCGUGGAGCCACUCAAUUUGCUGAUUACCAUCUCUGGUCGUAAGAACAGACUUCGAGUGUAUCAUUUGACCUGGCUGAGAAACAAGAUUUUGAAUAAUGAUCCAGAAAGUAAAAAAAGACAGGAGGACAUGCUGAAGACUGAGGAGGCCUGCAAAGCCAUUGAUAAGUUGACAGGCUGUGAGCACUUCAGUGUCCUCCAACAUGAAGAAACAACAUACAUUGCAAUUGCUUUGAAAUCAUCAAUUCAUCUUUAUGCGUGGGCACCAAAGUCCUUUGAUGAAAGCACUGCUAUUAAAGUGAUAUGCAUUGAUCAAUCAGCAGACUCCGAAGGAGACUACAUGUCCUAUGAAGCAUAUAUACGAAUACUGGCAAAAAUACAGGCAGCUGAUCCAGCGAACCGGUUUAAGAGACCAGAUGAGCUCCUUCAUUUGCUGAAGCUCAAGGUAUUUCCAACAUCUGGUCUUAAGCCAGUGACAGUUGACUUGGCUGUGGGAUCUGAGAAAAAACUGAAGAUUUUCUUCAGCUCAGCAAAUGGCUAUCAUAUCAUUGAUGCAGAAUCUGAGGUUAUGUCUGAUGUGAACCUGCCCAAUAAUCCCCUGAAAAUCAUUCUAUCACAGAAUAUCAUCAUUUUGCCUAACUGCUUGGGGAUUGGCGUGAUGCUCACCUUUAAUGCUGAAACCCUCUCCAUGGAAGCCAAUGAACAGCUCUUCAAGAAGAUUCUGGAAGUGUGGAAAGACAUCCCAUCCUCUGUAGCUUAUGAAUGUACACAGAGAACCACAGGAUGGGGUCAAAGGGCCAUUGAAGCCCGCUCUUUGCAGCCAAAGGUUCUGGAAAAUGAGCUGAAGCGCAGGUCAAUUAAGAAGCUGAGAUUUCUCUGUACCCGAGGUGACAAGCUGUUCUUUACCUCUACCCUGCGGAAUCGCCAUAGCCGGGUUUACUUCAUGACCCUUGGAAAACUUGAAGAACUUCAAAAUGAUUAUGGUGUUUAA